AUUUAGUACUAGGGGUUGUGGUGAGGGCUGGCGGGUAACGCACGGGCAGGGGGUGCCAGGCUCCCAUACACAUGUAACGGGCUUAUCGGAAUGGCGGCUGCCUGGCAUUGCUUCCCGGGCGCUUUUCUAGUGAGCGGGGGGGAAACAAUGGAACUAAUAGAAGCUGUUGUAGUGUAGUGUAUAAUGGGACAGUGUCUGGGCAGUGGCACCGUACCCUGAUGUCGGCUGGCACUGGCAUGAGGAGGGUAGCGGGGCUAUAGCAAGUGGUGGCUGGGAGUAGAGUGUGGCUGUAUAAGGGGCAUGGGAGACUUGGGGGGUAACUAGAGCCUCCUCACCCAUCUCCAGAGCACAUGCACUAGACUGUACCACCCUCUGCAUCACUGGGUGUGGGGGUGCUAGGUCUUUGGAGACUUUGUGGCAUAUUGGACUCUCUGGAGAAUGAAUAUUCCAUAAAUGGCAUGCCAGUCCUGAGUGCCCAAAUAGCUUCAUCCACCCAUUCACAGGAUGUCGGAUCCAAGUUACUGGACAGCAUUCCAUGGCUGCAAAGGACACCUGGCAAAGGGGGCGCUACUGCAAAGGUCCAAAAGCUGUAGAAGCAACAACAGAAAGAGUUUGGUGGUGGGAUCACCUUCACCCACACUUUCCCGUCCUUUAUCGCCACUCUCUGUACCUACAGCAGGAAGCAGUCCCCUGGAUAGUCCAAGAAACUUCUCUACUAGUGCAUCUGUUAACUUCCCUUUUGCUCGCAAUCAUGGACAACGCACUGACAGAGCGGAUGGGCGUAGAUGGUCCCUGGCAUCUCUUCCCUCUUCUGGAUAUGGUACCAACACACCAAGCUCAACUCUUUCGUCUUCCUCCUCCUCUCAGGAGAGGUUACACCAAUUGCCCUUCCAACCCACUGCCGAUGAAUUGCACUUUCUUUCCAAACACUUUCGGAGCUCAGAAAGCAUUACAGAUGAGGAAGGAAGACAUUCUCCAUGCAUGCGCCCUCGUUCCCGAAGCCUCAGUCCCGGGCGCUCAUCUACAAAUUUUGACAAUGAGAUUGUUAUGAUGAAUCAUGUUUACAAGGAAAGAUUCCCCAAGGCAACUGCACAAAUGGAGGAGAGACUUGAAGACAUCAUUACAAACCUCUGCCCUAAUCGGACCUUACCUCUUGCUGAUGGUGUACUUGGUUUUAUACAUCACCAGAUUAUUGAGCUGGCCCGAGACUGCCUGGAUAAAUCCAAGGAGGCUCUAGUUACAUCUCGAUACUUUGUGGAGUUGCAGGAGAAAUUGGAAAAGAUGCUAGAAGAUGCCUACAAUCGAUCUGAGAGUGAAGAAGUAACUUUUAUUGUUCAGCUGGCAAGAAAGUUGCUGAUGGUUAUUGCACGCCCAGCAAGACUCCUUGAGUGUCUGGAAUUCGAUCCAGAGCAAUUUUAUCAUCUGUUAGAGGCUGCUGAGGGUCAUGCCAAAGAGGGCCAUGGUAUAAAGACUGACAUUCCACGUUACAUCAUCAGCCAAUUAGGUCUCACAAAAGAUCCAUUAGAAGAGAUUGUUCAGCUGGAUAGUUAUGACUCAGAAAAUACACUGCAGCUGGAGCAAGAAGAAUUUCAAGAUGCUUGUGUUUCAAGUACUCCUACCAGAAAGAAACCGGGAGAGAGUGAUUUUGAAACUUGUAAAUUGAUCAGCAAUGGUGCCUAUGGUGCUGUGUACCUUGUCAGACACAAAGAGACUCGCCAGCGCUUUGCCAUGAAGAAGAUUAACAAACAAAAUUUGAUCCUACGAAACCAGAUCCAGCAAGUGUUUGUUGAAAGAGACAUCUUAACCUUUGCAGAGAAUCCUUUUGUUGUCAGCAUGUUCUGCUCUUUUGAAACCCGAAGACAUCUUUGCAUGGUGAUGGAGUAUGUGGAGGGUGGAGAUUGUGCUACACUUCUAAAGAAUAUGGGACCUCUUCCUGUUGACAUGAGUCGCAUGUAUUUUGCUGAAACUGUCCUGGCGUUGGAGUAUUUGCACAAUUAUGGAAUCGUUCACAGAGACCUCAAACCUGACAAUUUGCUGAUCACGUCUCUUGGACAUAUCAAGCUUACAGAUUUUGGACUAUCUAAAAUUGGUCUUAUGAACAUGACGACUAAUCUGUAUGAAGGACAUAUUGAAAAAGACACAAGAGAGUUUUUAGACAAACAGGUGUGUGGGACCCCAGAGUACAUAGCUCCUGAAGUAAUCUUACGGCAAGGUUAUGGAAAGCCUGUGGACUGGUGGGCAAUGGGCAUCAUUCUCUAUGAAUUCCUAGUGGGCUGUGUUCCAUUCUUUGGUGACACUCCAGAGGAGCUUUUUGGACAGGUGAUCAGUGAUGAUAUUGUAUGGCCAGGAGGUGAAGAAUCUCUUCCAGCGGACUCCCAAGAUCUCAUCACGCGACUUUUGAGGCAGAAUGCAUUGGAGCGCCUCGGAACUGGUGGUGCUCAGGAAGUAAAGCAGCAUGUAUUCUUUCGCUCCCUGGACUGGAAUGGGCUUCUGAGACAGAAAGCAGAGUUUGUGCCACAACUGGAAGCUGAUGAUGACACCAGUUAUUUUGAUACACGUUCGGAACGUUAUCAUCAUUUGGCUUCUGAAGAAGAUGAUGAUGAUACAAAUGAUGAAGAGUCAUCUGCGGAAAUUCGCCAGUUUUCAUCUUGUUCACAUCGGUUUAGCAAGGUUUACGGUAGCUCUGAACAUCUUGCUACACAACUUAAUCUCAGCUUCUCUUCAACUGAGAGAAGUCAUAGUGAUGAGAAAGAAGAACGAAGUGAGAAGUUGGAAAAAGCUUUAUCCAGAGAUGAUGAUAGGAGCCAAUUCAUUUCUGAAACCAGACUAAGGUCCUGGACAUCUUCAGGGUCUUCCUUUCACUCAUGGCUGAGCGAGCGCAGUGCAAGCCCAUGUGUGCUAACCAGCACAUGCAGUCUAGAUACCAUGCCUAAAUUUGCAUUUUCUUCUGAAGAUGAGACCUCUGAUCACAAGUCUGACAAACCCACAUUCAGUUUAGGAGAAAUAAAAGGAACAUCCUCAAAGCAGUCAUCACUUUGUGCAGAUAUAGUAAGUCUAAGCCGAACUCGCCUGCGCAGUAACAGCACUGGAGCCAAAAACUCUACCCCUCGCACUCUGGAAUCUGGACUAAGUCGGCGACUGCGGAGUCAGAGAGAAACGCCAGAAAAGAGUUCUUCUCCCGGAAGUCGUGUCCCCAAAUCUGCAUCUGUUUCUGCACUCUCAUUGAUAAUUACCUCUGAUGAUUUUGGCACUGGAUCCCUUAUAAGUCCUAUAUCCCCGCAUUCUUUGUCAUCUAAUCCCUCAUCCAGGGACUCUUCUCCUAGCCGAGACACAGCGGUGGCCGUAAAAAGCCUACGUCCUCCAAUAAUUAUACAUAGUUCGGGCAAGAAAUAUGGAUUCACUUUGCGUGCCAUCAGAGUUUACAUGGGAGAAAGUGAUGUGUAUACUGUCCACCACAUGGUUUGGAGUGUAGAAGAUGGAAGUCCAGCCCAUGAAGCAGGAUUGAGGGCUGGGGAUUUGAUAACACAUGUGAAUGGAGAGUCUGUCCUCGGUUUAGUACACAUGGAUGUUGUGGAGCUUCUUUUAAAGAGUGGCACCAAAGUGUCACUGAGGACCACCCCCCUAGAAAACACUUCCAUAAAGAUUGGUCCAGCCAGAAAGAACAGCUGUAAAGGUCAUAUGGCUAGAAGGACCAAGAAAAGCAGGAAGAGAGAGAGUCAGGACAGAAAACGGUCUCUCUUCAAGAAAAUCUCUAAGCAGUCGACAGUAUUACAAACCAGUAAGAGUUUUUCCUCAGGACUUCAUCAGUCAUUGUCUUCCAGUGAGAGCCUUCCAGCUUCUCCAACCCACAGCCUUUCUCCUGGCCCCCCAACCCCUAGUCGAAGUCCUGCUUCUGAUAUGCCCAUUGAUAAUGUGUCACCUCAAAGUACAUCUCCGUGCUCUAGUACACCAAGCUCUCCUGCUGGUCACAUUCGGCCUAGUUCACUGCAGUGUUUAGCACCCAAGCUCAGUGGACAGCGUUACAAGGUAGGACGGAGGAAGUCUACAAGCAGCAUUCCCCCAUCUCCUCUGGCUUGCACUCCAUCACCAGCCCAUCAUGCACCAUCUUCCCCUCAACGUUCUCCCUCUCCUUUGUUGCCUGGGCAUUCAAGGACUAGUCAUGGUGUCUUCCAGGGCACUACUUUGUCACCCCCUGCCAUUGUGCGACAAGGAGCACGUAGCAGAGCAAAUGAAGCUCCUCGUUCGCCUCUUUUAAAAAGAGUACAGUCAGUAGAAAAGAUGGCUAGCCACUUUAACUGUGGUCGGAAGACAACACCUCCAGAAAUUCAGCCAUGGGAGGAAUCACAUGAUGGCACAGACGGUACAUCUGAAACAACUAGUCGUAAUAAAGAUUGGGGAACAGAUAAACACGAGCGUGAUACAGAGGUAGUGGUUAUGAGGAGGCUAAAUCUCUCAGAAAGAAGGGACUCUUUCAAAAAGCAGGAAGCUGUGCAAGAAGUUAGCUUCGAUGAGCAGGACACAGUAGGGGGUGAAGGUGGUUCUGAAGGGCAGAAAAAGGAGGGCAAUUUUGUUCUAUGGGAAAGGCUGCCACACCAAACAUCGUGGGUUCAAGCAAGACCAGCAAGUAUAUCCUCAGUAAUUACAGCCCAUGAACAGCAGUGCCGCUUAGUGCCACAAAUUGCUGUUCAAACCUCUGAAAGUGAGGAGCACGACAAGGCCUCUGGGCACUGGGAGUGUCAAGCAUUUUAUCCCCUUCAACCUACAAGUACGAGUAGAGACAGAUGCCCUCUUGUGUCUUGGAUGUCGGAGCCUUCAGCUGCUAGUCCAGAGAGACAAGCCGAGGGUCAUCUUAAUCCUAUGCAGCUGUUUACUGUAGGCACAGAUGUGCACUUGGAAAGUAACAAAGAGGGUAAAAGCAAAGGACAUGAACAAACAGAACAAUCUGUAAAGAAAACAAGCUGAGCGGUUUUGGUGGUUAUGACUUAACGGACGAACUAAGUGCUUUGAAACCUCACACAAGAAAUGUCUACAGGAUGCAAAGAUUUGUAUAGGUUUUCAAGAAUAAGCCUGGGAAACAGAAUUUUUUCCAUUAUCUUUUACUUUUUUUUUAAUGUAAUUUAACUUUCAUGGUAUGGUUUUGAUACUUUGUAACCCUAUUUUAUUGUACUUGUAUUUAUAUGAGAUCAGUGGCAUGCAUUGUUUUUGUUUUUUUUUAAGCUAUGGUUCAACCUCAAGUAGAAAAUCUGUCAUCAAUGUUACACUCCUGCAGUUCUUUAGUUUUAAUAUUAUAGAGUUAUGUUGAAAAUACUAGUUCUCCUGGAAGACACAGACAUGAUCAUAUAUGUAGUUUUCUAAAUGACUUCUAGUUUACUGCCAUGAAAUCUGAUGUAGAUCAAGAUAACAAGUUGUGGAUUUGGAUUUUAAUGCUAAAACGGCAAUGUUUUAAAUUAAACCUGGUAAAAGCUCAACAUUUUAAUUAGUGAGUCAGAGCUGCAGGAACAGUCGCUGAAUCGUUCAUGCAGCUGUUCACUUACAUCAUUUUUGGAAGCAAAUCCUAUUUGCACAAAGAAAUGUGCAGCCAAGUAGCAAUGAUCUUUAGGGCCCCAUGAUCAUGGCAAUGAGUUUGUUUGACAUUGAUUGCUGGGUCUUUUGCACAAGUCAGUAAUCGGCCCAUACAAUAGGCCUGCUAGUUACUUGCUCAGUGCACAUCACCCAAGAAAGUAACAUGCGUGUGCAAAUUCCCAUAUAGCUUAUGACAACUGCUGAUCUUGACAGAAAUAGGAGAGCAGGCACAGGCUUCAAAACAGAGCAUGAUCAAGUAUGUAUAACUUUUAGGGGUUCCUGAAGUUAAAUGAGAAAACCCUAUUAAUUGCUGAUUUUCUUUUAAUAGGAAGACAAUAAAAAUAGCGGUUCCACUGUGCCCAUUCAAUUCGUUGUGCCUUUGUUUUGAUAUUUUUGCUGCAAAGUAAUUAUUUUAACAAAAGUGUAUUUUCUGGUUUAUUAGUUUUUGUUCCUCAUUUUGCAGAAUAGGGGAUAAGUUUUCAGACCGCUGGGCCCCCCUGGGAUCACCUGCCCGGAGCCCCGACUCUCCGCUUUAAGCUGCAUUCACACCAUGUUUUUGCAGUUCCCAUAUCAGUUUUUUUGAUGAAAAACGGAUUCCUCAAAACCGGAUUAAACUGUUUUAAAACGUGUGUACAAAUUUUAACCUGUAUAAGUAUUGCAAAAACGUGUUGUGAAUGCAGCUUUAAUGAUGUGUGUUGACCUCGCCACAAAGCAGUGGCGGAAACACCCCCUCCAUGCACCUCUAUGGGAGAGCCGGAGAUGCAGUGUUCGUGUAUCUUCAGCUCUCCCAUAGAGAUAUAGAAGGGGAGCAUGUCUGCCAUUGUUUCAUGCAGGGGUCAACACACUUCAUUAAUGUGGAGAGACUGGACUACUCCUUUAGAAAGAAAGAAAGAAAAUGGUUCGAUGCAGCAGAUUAUUAAAGCAUACUUGUCAUAUCAGAGAAAAAAAAUAAUUCUUAAAUGUUACUCGCUAGGUCAUGUGGGUUCUUUACAUGUCUUUUUAGGUUUCUAGAUUCUGUAUUUCGCUCACAAAUCCUUCUGUUCUGCUGCUCACUCAUCCGGACAUCCACUGGUCAGGAAGUGUCAUGUCCAAGGUAAGCACUGAGCUUGCUCUCAUUCACCAUGCAUUCACAUCCACCAUGAAUCUGCUGUGCUGGGUCCCUUCAAUCAAUCACUGCAGCCUGCUCUGCAACCGUGUCUUCUCUGUUUUCAGGAUUGAGCACAGAGGAGUGCUAGUCCCAUCCUCCCUUCCUUAACUUUGUCCCAACCUCCUUUCCUGAACUUUGUCCCAGCCUGUGUUUCAGCUGGGACAAAGAUGCUGCACAUUAUGAUUGUGUUGACGUUGGCCAUAUGCAGUAUAUACUGAAAUGCUGCUCUUAACCGUCUUUUUAUUUUAAUGAUUGCCAAUUACACCUCAGUUGCUUAACCCCUUAACGACUAGUGCCGCAAAUGUAGGUCCUGGUGAGGGGGUAUUUAACGCACCAGGACAUACAUUUACGUCCUAAGCAUAAUCGCAAGCAUCAGAGCGAUGCCCGGAUCAUGCACGGCAGGUCCCGGCUUCUGAUCGCAGCCAGGGACCCGCCCGUAAUGGCCGACACCCGUGAUCCCGUGGAUGUCCGCCAGUAACCCUUCAGAUGCCGUGAUCAAUACAGAUCACGGCAUCUGCAGCAUUGCGGACACUAAAAUGGAUGAUCGAAUUGCCCGCAGCGCUGCCACGGCGAUCAAAUCAUCCAGCACGGCAGCCGGAGGUCCCCUCACCUGCCUCUGCUGCUUUCCAGGAGUCUUCUGCUCUGCUCUGCCUUCCCGCAGACCAGAGCAGAAGAUGACCGAUAACAAUGAUCAGUGCUAUGUCCUAUACAUAGCACUGAACAAUAUUAGCAAUCGAAUGAUUGCUAUAAAUAAUCCCCUAUGGGGACUAUUAAAGUGUAAAAAUAAAAGUUAAAAAAAUAAAGCAAAAAAAAUGUAAAGAACCCCCUCCCCCAAUAAAAACGUAAUUGUCCCAUUUUCCCUAUUUCACCCCCAAAAAGUGUUAAAAAAAUAUAUAUUUUAUAUACAUAUUUGGUAUCGCCGCGUGCGUAAAUAUCUGAACUAUUAAAAUAAAAUGUUAAUGAUACCGUACGGUGAACGGCGUGAUCAUAAAAAUAAAAAAGUCCAAAAUAGAUGCUUUUUAAUAAUAUUUUAUUCCCAAAUUUUUUUUUAUAAAAAAUGGAUUAAAAGUUCUAUAUAAGCAAAUAUGGUAUCAAUAAAAAGUACAGAUCAGGGCACAAAAAAUGAGCCCUCAUACCGCCGCUUAUACGUAAAAAUGAAAAAGUUAUAGGUCUUCAAAAUAGGGGGAUUUUAAAUGUACUAAUUUGGUUAAAAAGUUUGCGGUGGCAUUACUACGGACAGCUGGUCACGCAAAAAACAAGCCCUCAUACUAGUCUGUGGAUGAAAAUAUAAAAGUUAUGAUUUUUUGAAGGCGAGGAGGAAAAAACUAAAACGUAAAAAUUAAAUUGUCUGCGUCCUUAAGGCCCAAAUGGGCUGCGUCCUUAAGGGGGUUAAUAGCUAAAACUGGCAAGUAUUUAAAAAAUAUAUAUAAAAAAAACUGGUUAACAGCAGCAUUUCAGAAGUACUUAGGCAAAUGGCCAACCACAUUGUGUUUUUUUACCCUAAGAGAUCUAUCAAUUAAGGCUGGUGGGGCGUGUUUAAGCAGCUGGGGACUCCCCUGAUAACUUGCGAUUCAGCGAGCAUGAAAGUGAUGACAGAAUACCUUUUAAUAGGUGAUGAAAAACACAAGCCACUUUAUCAUCUUUGCAAGAAGCUUCAAGGACAGAAAUAUUUUAAAGCUGACUAAACCAGAAUAAUAACCAGACUUAAAAAAAAAAAAAAAAAAAUUUCACUUGUAACCUGUAAAAGAGUAGUCUGGCACACAGCAUUUUUCAAGAAAAAACGCUGUUAGGAAUCAAUAUUGAAAUAUAAAAUGCUUUUUAGUUUGUGAUGUUUUUCUUUUUUUAUUCUGCAUGCUCUAGCCAUGAUUUGCCUUCCAUAGGUGUUUUUUUUUUCCAGCCUUAAGAACUGUAUGUGUAAACAGGUGCUGCGUUUUUCUUCAGUCUUCAUAAGCAAUCCAUGGAUUACAUGACUUGCAACAGGACAAACGUCACAGAAAAAAACAAGCACCAAAUAACCCAUGCAAAAAAGCACAAUACUUUGAAAUGUACACCACAAAAAAAGGGUAUAAUGUAUGAAUUGCAAAAUAGAAUAUGGCAGUUUUUUUAGACCAUUUUUAAAGUAAAAAAUGUAAGUAUGCCUUAGUGACAGCCUGAUCUCAAAGAGCUCAGUAGCUUUGGGUGUAAAACAGUUAGGCUAGGUUUACACUACGGAAUUUCCAACCGCAAUUCUAGUGCAGCAGAAUCCCAUUGCUGGCAAUGGGAUUCCACUGCACAGUGCACACUAUGAAAUUUCAGCAGCGGAUGCUCCUCUAGGACCGUGCAGACAUUGAUAGAACGUCCACCACCAAAAGAAUGAUCUUGACAGAAUCCGCCCCAUGUCCAUGCAGUCCUAGCCCAAACUGAUUCAGUCGGCGCUGGUGGGAAAAUUCAGUAGUGUAAACCCAGACUUUAGACCUUUCAUUUGUCGCUGGCAAUUGUAACCAAAACAUUUUAAGCACAUAAUAUGCCCCCAGUGUCUUAGCUGUAAAAUACAUAUGCUUUUUUUUUUGUUUUUUUUUCUUUAACUACUUUUGUUAAGGUAAUGAAAAAAAAACACAAAAUAAAACACUAGGUAAAAUAAUUUUUGUUAUAUACAAUUUCCAACAACAGUGAAAUCUCCCUUAGCGGACACCUCCCAAUAGUGGACAGUUUUUAAUUCCCCGGCACAGUACCAAAAGACUUAAUGUAUUUGCACCCUCCGAAUAGGGGACAUUCCCAAUAGGGGACAAAACAUUCCCAAUAGGGGGACAACCAAGCUUAUGUGCCGGCCCUACCUUGUACACAACCUAAUACCACCUGACAGUGGCCCUGUGCCGCACCCCCUUUCAGAAGCCCCAGCACAGAAGCAGAAGACCAAUUUUUAAACAGUGGUCUCCUGUUUCUGUAUGUCCGCUGGCCACAUCGUUCACCCCCCUGAUCCCCCCCCCCCCCAUGCCACUUUGUUCCCCCUGUGUCAAAUCAUCCCCCUUUAUUACCUCCUGUGCCACAAUAUUUCCUCUUGAUCCCCCCCUGUGCCAUUUCAUUCUGCCUUUAUUACCCUUUGUGCAAAUUCAUCACCCCCUUUUUUACCACCCCCUGUGCCAUUUUAUCCCCCUGUGCCAUUUCAUAAAAACAGGGGUGAUGAAUUUACACAGAGGGUAAUGAAGGGGGAAUGGAAUGGCACAGGAAGCGGGGAUCAAGGGGAAACGAUGUGGCACAGAGGGUAAGGGGGCAUAAUUUGGCACAAGGCACUGUUGAAUAAGGUGGCACAGGGUAUAAAGGGGGGAUGAAAUGAUACAGGGGGAGGGAUAAGGGGUGAUUAAACGACACUGGGAGAGUGUACUGUAAUAUUGCUUUUUAUCAUGUUUUAUAGGUAAUUACACUCUGGAGUGAAUACAGUACAGUAAUCUGUCAUUUAGGAAGAAUUUUGAGCCUUUUUCCCAAUAGGGGACAUCUCUCAAUAGCGGACACUUUUUUUUUUUUUUUUUCCCCCGUGAUUGUCCGCUAUUGAGAUUCUACUGUAUACCAGCCCAAAUUACAGCUAUGCAUUGAAACCCGGCUUCCCCCUUCUCUCCCUGGCAGUCAGGUCCAUUAUAAUAGAGGGCACCAUUAUUUAUGCAGCUGCGAUUCUGUGGUCUUGUGGUUCAUGAACUCUUUAUUGACUGUGUCCAAUAAGGGGUUAGUAUGUAAAUAGUCAAUUAAUUUGCAGGACCUUUUGUAAAAGAUUAAAAUAAUUCUGUUGGCAUUUUUGCCUAUGAUUCUAUUUCUGCUUUUCUAAGGCUGAGUCCACGUUACUUUUGUGGCCUCCAGAUACUAUUUGUGCAUGGACAGGCAAUGGCCUGAAUGUAGUCUGCUAUUCACUAAGUUCAGGUAAUUUUUUCUCACUUCUACAUGUUUGGGCUCUGAUUCAGAAUCGUGGUUUGUUGCACGCUUAUGGGUCUAUGCUCAAACAUGUAUAUGUGGAGGGAACAACCUGAACAUAGUCAAUAGCUAACUACACUUGGGCCAUAGAAUUCAUUGAAGCUCAUAUACUACAGCAUCACACUUUGAAAUUAUGCCUACCUACCAAAGCCACAGAGGGCACACAUGUAAUGGGAAUGAGCCCUAAGCUGUUAAAUAAACAAAUAUGUUGUAAUAAAGCAUUACCUUUCGCAGAAAUAUGGAAAAUCAGAUGAGCAUAAUGCAACCAUAAGUCCCAUCCUGACUUUGGUUCUGACCGUGAUGACAGCAUUAUAAUGCUUUAUGAAGCUCAUUUACGCUUCAUUGGAAGUGCAAAAUGAAAACCACGGAAGCUUUAAAAAAAAAAAAAAAUCCAGAUGUAAAAACCACACUGAUUUGGAGUCUACUUUUUAUAACUUUAGGAAUAUACUCUUAAUCUGCAUGAUAUAUACUUUUGUGAAAUAAUUUGACCAGUGGUAGCACAUACUUUAUGUGAUUUAGUAUGAGGUUUAGCCAUCAUUUGUUGACCUCUGUGGUUUAAAAAAUCUAAUGCCAUCCUUUUAGGCUGUCAGAUGCUAGCUGUGAAUAUAUAGGAAAACCCCAAUGCCAAUUUCAUAGCCACAUAAUAGUUUGGAUCGCUAGACGCACAGUUUGGCUGGGUCUUGUGGCCAUAAAACAACAAAGAACUGCACCCAUAUUCUGCUUAUGUGACCUUAGCCUAAGUCCUUUACACAGUUUACAUUAAUAAUGUUUUAUGUGCUCUUUAACCCCUUAAGGACCCAGCCAAUUUUCACUGUAGGACCCGGCCAUUUUUUGAACAUCUGACCACUUUCGCUUUAAGCAUUAAUACCGUAUAUACUCGAGUAUAAGCCGACCCGAGUAUAAGCCGAGACCCCUAAUUUCAACCCAAAAUCCCAGGAAAAGUUAUUGACUCGAGUAUAAGCCUAGGGUGGGAAAUACCUCA